AUGAAUGUGGCACAUGAUUUGUUUUUGUCAAGCCUAUGUGAACAGACGUCACAUGAUUCGAAGGAAAAUCGUGUAAAAGCAGGCAGCCUGCAACAUUCUACAAUUAUCCUCAUCCACUCUCUCCAAUCAUGCAUCAUGGAAAGAGGAAAUGAAAGAAGGAGGCAGUGGAGACAAAUACCUCGUAGUUUUGAGCAAGAAUCAUCAAGAAUGUAUUGUGUAGCAUUGAAAAUACUUAGGAGUGUUUUCAUGCACGCCAGGUUGCCACUUGCAUUACGUAACAUUUCAUUGGGUUUAUUUGGAUUUGUGGAGUGUCUCAUUAGAGUAGUCAUCAAAGCAAGGGAAAAAGUGGAUUUUAGGUGUGCUAGUGAAUACGUUGAGAAACAAGACCACACGUGGUUUUGUCAUGUCCAUUGCUUUAAUCGUUAA